AUGGCCCAGCAUCUCUAUCUCCUAUAUCUACUGCUUUUCGCGAAGCUGGUUCAGCCGCAAUUUUUAAACUCGACACUAGCAUGCUCGGAAACAUGCCAAAUCGAGGGGAAGACCGUCGCAACAUGCAACACAGAUGACUUUUUCUGCUUUUGUCAGAGCGAGAUAUUCCACGAAACGUACAUAUGCUGCGUACGGGAGCUCUGUGAUUCGAGCAAUGUCUCAAGUCUCACGGAUGCCGCCGCCGCGAGUUGUGCCGCAGCUGGCGCUGCUUUCACACCUGUGUCUACGAGCGCAUGCUCCACUAUCUUUGAAAUUUCGAGUACAACAGCAGCUACAAGCAUAAAGAGUGCUUCCAGCGCGACUGGAACGAUCAGUGGGAAUACCGUCACGGCGACCGCGACUGCGACUCGGCAAGUGAGCGGAAAUAGCAACAGUGGCAGUAACAGCACCCCGACAUCCUCGUCCACACUCGGUUCAUCAUCUCUCCUCUCCAGUGAUAGCAGUUCGAGCAGCGGCUCCUCAACAGCGUCGGGAUUGAGCACGGGGGCCAAGGCAGGCAUUGGUUCUGGCGUUGGGGUUGGUGUUCUGUUGGUUCUCGUUAUGGUAAUCGUGAUCCCCAGGAGAAGCCGAAAGCGAAACCGAGAUGUCCCAGAUCGAGACCAACAGCAGCCUCUGCCCCGGGACGGGCCGGGGCCCUCUGACCAUGGCGAUGAGACAACACCAUGGGUAGAAUAUAAGAACGAACUAGACGCGAGGCAGGAUGUCCACCAACUACCUGACCAUGGAAACCAAAGAACAUCACGGGUGGGAUAUAACAAUGAACUUGACGGCAGCCAGGAUGUCCAUCAGCUACCCGAUGGCGAUCAGCGAACAUCAUGCGCAGAAUAUAACAACGGACUCGACGGAAACCAGCAAAUUCAUCAGCUGUCCGGUCAAAAAGCUAACGUCGCGGAACUCGCAGGUCGUGGCCGUCCUCCGGCAGAACUGGCGGCUACACUGUCGAGGCCUUGGAAUGAGCUGCAUGCAGAUCCAGUGUAUUAUCACCAGUUGCCUACUGGGGAGAACACUUCCGAAUUGCCAUAG